CUGCAUUCUCCCGAAGGCCUUCAUCAUCAGCGAAGGAGCUGCUCGAUCGAACGAACGAACGAACUUCCCGUUUCGCGAGCUUCUUCGGGCGUCGACGCCGCACCGCCGCGCGCGCUCUCCCCCGAAGCCCUAGAUCGGCCUCCGGUUUCCUCCCAGGGUUUGCUUUUUCUCUCGUACCGGGGGGGGUGGUACUGUUCUGUUGAAGAUGGUGUCCGACGCGAGCAAGAAGAAGGCGGCUCAGAAGAAGGCGGCGGCUGCGGCCAAGAGAGGGGGGAAGGCGGCGGCGGCUGCGGGGGCGGCUUCGUCCAAGGCGGCGGCGUCGUCCGCUGGUGCCGAGACGCAGAAUGGAGCGGACAAGUUGGCCGACGGCGUCGGGAGCAUGGCCAUUUCGGAUCGGACGUGCACCGGGGUGCUCUGCUCGCAUCCUCUCUCCAGGGAUAUCCGUAUAGAGUCUCUCUCACUUACAUUCCAUGGACAUGAUCUUAUUGUUGAUUCUGAGCUGGAGCUUAACUAUGGCAGGCGAUAUGGUUUGCUUGGAUUAAAUGGAUGUGGAAAAUCCACACUCCUAGCUGCAAUUGGUUGCAGAGAGCUGCCAAUACCAGACCACAUGGAUAUAUAUCAUUUAAGUAGGGAAAUUGAAGCUUCUGACAUGUCUUCACUUGAGGCUGUCAUUAGCUGUGAUGAGGAGAGAUUGCAAUUAGAGAAAGAAGCUGAAGCCUUGGCAGCACAGGAUGAUGGUGGUGGAGAAGCUCUGGAUCGUGUUUAUGAGCGCUUGGAAGCUAUGGACGCAGCGACUGCAGAGAAACGUGCUGCUGAGAUACUGUUUGGUCUUGGCUUCAAUAAGAAUAUGCAGGCGAAGAAGACUCGAGAUUUCUCUGGUGGCUGGAGAAUGAGGAUUGCAUUAGCACGAGCUCUCUUUAUGAAUCCUACUAUCCUGUUGCUUGAUGAACCUACAAACCACCUUGAUCUGGAGGCUUGUGUCUGGCUUGAGGAGACAUUGAAGAAUUUUGAGAGGAUCCUUGUUGUGGUAUCUCAUUCACAGGAUUUCCUGAAUGGUGUUUGUACGAACAUCAUUCACAUGCAAAAUAAGAAAUUGAAGCUCUACACUGGCAAUUAUGAUCAGUAUGUUCAGACCCGUUCUGAACUGGAAGAAAAUCAGAUGAAACAAUACAAGUGGGAACAGGAGCAGAUUUCUUCCAUGAAGGAAUACAUUGCCCGCUUUGGACAUGGGUCUGCAAAAUUGGCCCGUCAGGCCCAGAGCAAAGAAAAGACUCUAGCCAAGAUGGAGCGUGGUGGGCUCACUGAAAGGGUUGUGAGGGACAAGGUCCUAGUUUUCCGCUUUGUUGAUGUUGGGAAGCUUCCCCCGCCAGUGCUCCAGUUUGUGGAAGUAACCUUUGGUUACACACCUGAUAAUCUUAUCUACAAGAAUCUUGAUUUUGGGGUUGACUUGGACUCUAGAGUUGCUCUGGUGGGACCCAAUGGAGCUGGAAAGAGCACGUUGCUGAAGCUAAUGACAGGGGACUUGGUACCUCUAGAUGGCAUGGUCCGGCGACAUAAUCAUUUAAGGAUUGCGCAGUUCCACCAACACCUGGCUGAGAAACUUGACAUGGAAUUGUCGGCACUCCAGUUCAUGAUCAAAGAGUACCCUGGGAAUGAGGAGGAGAAGAUGAGGGCGGCAAUUGGUAAGUUUGGUCUGACUGGCAAGGCCCAGGUGAUGCCCAUGAAGAACUUGUCUGAUGGUCAAAGAAGCCGAGUGGUCUUUGCAUGGUUGGCAUGGAGGCAGCCUCACAUGCUUUUGCUGGAUGAACCGACUAACCAUCUGGAUAUUGAAACAAUUGACUCUCUGGCUGAGGCAUUGAAUGAGUGGGAUGGGGGCUUGGUGCUGGUGAGUCACGAUUUCAGGCUCAUAAACCAGGUGGCUCACGAGAUUUGGGUGUGCGAAAAUCAAGCAGUGACUCGGUGGGAGGGUGAUAUUAUGGACUUCAAGGAGCAUCUGAGGAGUAAGGCUGGCUUAUCAGACUGAACUCUAUUGUAGGACAAAGAUGAUGAUCAUCACCUUCUAGUAGUAUUAUAUUGCAAAACGGGGUUUGUGACACUAUUGAUAUCACCGCUCGAGGCUAAAGCAUGGACCUGUCAUCGCAGUUGCUGUGCAAGCCAUUAGGGCUGGAAGAGAGGUAGCAUAAGGCUUGGUUAUUAUUUCAAGCCUACAUGUGACCUCCACAUGAUAUUUUUUAUGUUUGCUGGUCCCUUACUGCUAGUGAUUUACUACUAUAGAAUGGCAAGACCUACUCCUAGAUUUUGCUGGAUGAAUCUUUAUGUCAAUUCUGUUGAGUUUGAGUUCGACACUGGAGUAUGAGAUUGUACUACUACUUCUCAAUCAAAUAUUAUUUCGGUUUUCUUA